UGACGGGUUUCCAUCCGGUGAGCUUCAAGCAGAAUGCCUCUCGCGCCAUGGCCUUCGCAGGCCCAAAGAUCUGGCCUGCCUUGCUGCUGGCGGCUGCAGAAGAGGUGCUGCGCCCGGCCUCCGUGGACUGCUGGGACCGCCCGGACUGGGCGGACUUCCGACAGAAGGCCCAGGGCUUCGCACGGCAGGGGUGGCCUAAAGCCGAUGCCGAGCUUGAGGCGAUGUCCAGGGCCUUGGUGGAGAAGUGGCGCUGGGUGGUGUGCAAGGAGGAUUGCCGAACCACCGAGCAUCUGACUUGGUUCUUCGUGGAGGACUGGGGCGCGAAGUGCAGCGAGAGCGCGAACUUUGACCGGUACCUGGUGACGCACUACUUCAGGAAUCGCGGGCUGAGCUACUCCGCGCGGAAAUCGGAGUAUUGCCACUUUGGCUUCAUCACCGCCCUGGUCAUCACGGCGCACUUCGAGUUCCCCAACUCCGUGUCCAAGGCGGGUCGCCUCCUUUUCCUGGCGUUCGUGCUGCUGGGCGAUUUCCUGGCCUUUGACUGGCUGUCCUCCUCCAGCUGGCCGGUGGACUCGCUCAUGAUCCUGCUGAACGUGCACAUGGUGUCGCAGGAGCUGAUCACGGGCAGCCAGUUGGAGUUCGUCCGGGCGCAAGGGCAGCUCCCAGGCGUGCGUGGCGCUGCCUUCCUGCGAGAGCAGAGUCGAUGGUUGGGCACAUCCGAAGCAGCGAAGCCCGUUGCCAGGGGUUCCUUCAGCCGGACCUUGCGAAUCUGGCAGCUGGAUGCGCACACCGCCCUGGCUGGGGAGGCCAAGACGAUGCUGACCCGCUUCGGCGACGAGGUGGAGGUUCAAUUCCUAGGCAACUCCCUGGCCAGCAACGUGUGUCGAAACUACGACCUGUGCCCCAGCGGAGAAGACAAGGAGCUUCUGCAGAAGCUGCUGGAUCGCUACUACCGGGCCAAAGAGCCCUUCUUGGUGGCGAAGCGGGGCUUCGAAGAAGCGCUGGGUGACAGGCUCUCGCGGGAAGCCGACGUGCUGAUGUGCAGUCAGCCUUUAUUCUGGUGCCGAUUUCUGCUGGGUCUGCAGAAGCCACUUCUGCUCUACGUGGGCCUGCCGGUGAUGUGGGACCUGCGGGAGGAGGACAAGGAGGGCUGGGCGGAGGACUUCUUCCGAAUCCUCCGAGGCGAUCGGCACGUGGUCAUCGCGAUGAGUGUGUUCACAGCCCGGGCGGUGCACUGGCAAUUCGGAGCUGGGAUUCCGGUGCUGCGGUUCCUGGGGCUCCACAGCAACGCCCACUUUGCGCCCUGGCGCAACGAGUCGGUGCUGGUGAGCCGCUUCGGCACCAGCGGGGCCUUGUCGGAGUGUAUGCUGGACAGCUUCGCUGCUGCUAAUCGCCACUGGUUCCCCCUGCGCUUCGUUCAGAUGGAGGCGGUGCUGUUUGAGGAGCAUUUGGCUCGAACGCAGAGCGAGGCCUAUGGCAACGCUAAGAGCUGGAAGGAUCACACGGCGGAGAUCAAGGUGCCGGGCAUGCCAUACGCCAAGCUGGUCUCGCAUCGAGCGGCCAUUUGCCUGCCCUACGACAUCACCAUCUUCCUCUUCCACGAGCUGUACUCGGCAAACAUGCCCCUCUUUGUGCCGAAGGACCUUUGGAGAUGGCUGAUCGGCCCCCACACCUCUCCGCAGAUGGAGUUCAGGCACCCAGGCGCCGACGAGGAUGUCUCUCGGCCCCGCAGCUCGCCCUUCUACGCGUCGAUCCAUCGUCCCAUGGGCGUGGAGCAGGCCCUGGAGUGGUCCACCUUCAGCGACUGGGCCAUGCUGCCCCAGGUCUUCUACUUCCAGGGGGUGCCGGACCUCUUUCUUCAGCUCAUGGACGCCGAGGCGCUGCAUGACGCCUCGGCCAAGAUGCGGGCCUUCAACGACGAGGAGCUGGGCACUGGAGAGGAAGAGCUGAUUUCGGCAGUGCAGAACUGGCGGCGAGUGGCGCAGAGGCUGGCCUUCGCUGUCACGGGCGAGACAGGAGAUGAUGCUUGCAAGGAGCCA